AUGAUUUUUCAAAGAAACACCAUCUUGGGGGGUUUCUACAUAUCCCAGCUCUGUGUGGGUGUCAUAGGAAACUCGUUGCUCUUCAUGAUGUAUGUGUACAACUUCUUAGUCAAAUCUCGCUUUAGCAGACCUAUCGAUCCCAUUUUCAUGCACCUGAUGAUAGUCAAUAUAUUGACGAUCAUAUUUGCUAUGAUAUCACAUAUCAUGUCAUCCUUUGGAGUACCCAGGUUUCUAGAUGAUGUUGGUUGUAAGGCAGUUUUAUACAUAUUCAGAGUCACCCGGGGUCUGUCCAUCUGCACCACUUCUAUCCUAAGUGCAUUCCAAGCCAUCACCAUCAUGCCCAGUAAUUCUAAGUGGGCGUGGCUUAAACCUAAACUCUCUACAUGGAUUUUUCACUCCUUCCUCUUAUCCUGGAUCAUCAACCUGUUUAUAUAUGUGCAUACCAUUGAAUCUGUGACAGCAAAAAUCAAUUACACUGAUCUCGAUUAUGGAUAUUCUCAUGCUUACUGUAAAAUGAAAGCACCUGAGUACCCCAACCCAGGGUUAUUCCUGAGUGUUAUCAUAAUAGGAGACAUCGUCUUUCUGACCCUCAUGAUGUGGACCAGCCUCUACAUGGUGACUCUCCUUUACAGACACCGCAAGAGAGCCCAGCAUCUCCACAGCUCAAGCCUCUCCUGCCAACCAUCUCCUGAACGCAAAGCCACUCACAGCAUCUUGUUGCUGGUCAGCUUUUUUGUGUUUGUUUAUUUUUUUCACAACUUUAUGACCCUUUGUGGGUUUUUUGAACAAACAAAAGUUCCAAGUUUGGAGGUAAUUAAUAUGAUUUUGACAACAUGCUACCCAACCAUCUCCCCCUUUUUACUAAUGAAGAAUAAUAAACUUAUUUUGCCAUUCACUUCUUUCUUUUCUGUAGUGAGAAUGACCUGUUUUCAAAGUGCACCCCAUGGCUGA